AUGGCCUCAACGCCUCCUCCAGAUCAAGGCUCCUCUGAGACGACCUUUGAUACAACAGUAGGCGUGUUGUAUAUAACUGCAGUAUGUUCUAUGGGAUUGUGGGGCGCCGCGACUCUCCAAAUGUACCAUUACUAUAACAACUACCAGAGUGAUUCGGGGUGGUUGAAAACAUAUAUCUUUGCCGUGUGGUUCCUGGACACUCUGCAUCAGACGCUACUCGUUGCCUCCGACUACAGAUAUCUAAUAAUUGGUUUUGGCGACUUCACUCAGUUAAUGCAGAUUGAUAUACUCUUUGUCAUAGCCUUGCUAGUUGGCGGUCUUAUCUGUGCUAUGGUCCAGUUUAUAUUCCUGAUGCGCGUUUGGAAGCUCAGCGAAAAGAACAUCAUCUUGAGCGGUACCAUCAGCUUGCUAAUUGUUGGUCAACUUGUGGCGACGUGCCUAUAUUUCGUCAAAGCCCUUCAAUACGAGGAUUUCGGGCGACUCAAAGGAUACAUGUCGCUGACACGCAUCGUCGAUGCCGUCAAUGCAACUGCAGACACCGCGAUAGCACUGUGUCUUGUCGUGCUUCUCCAUAGGAAUCGCUCUGGGUUUAAGGACAGUGACACAACAAUCAAUCGGCUCAUCGUAUUCGUCGUCAAUACGGGCCUGGUGACAGGCCUGUGUGCGAUCCUUGGGCUUAUCCUGGGAAUAGUCCUUGAAAACACACUAUUUUUCAUGUUAUUUUAUUUGAUGACUGGGCGAUUAUACGUGAAUUCACUAUUUGCGUCGUUAAACUCGCGCAAAGACUUUCGCAAUAGCCUUGUCAAAGCUCGCAGUAGCUUUGGUUUGUCAAAUGUCUCUACAGGCCAGUUCAGAACCGUUUCGUUCCAGACGCACUACAAUGAGUGUGCUGCAAACACCCCUGUCACUCCAGAUCAGCGUCCAGAUUCAAAGCCUAAUUUCGUUACGGAGAAUAACCCUACCAGAAUUUCGGUGACGGUUGAGAGGGUAGUUGGUAGUCCAUUCGAUGAGGAAUCAAGGUAUUCGUUUGAUCUCGAAGAUCCAGAGAAAGAAAGCAAUGCAUCAAUCCACAGUAAAUUUGAGAACAUUCCGCUAUAA